UCCGAAAUUGGGUUUGUAUGCAGUAUUGAGAAAUAAUUGAAUGGUUUCACGGUAACACUGGACAUGCACGUGAACCCGUUCGAUUAGUAGUGAGGACGAUUGGUACAGAGUUUCAAGUUUCGCUGGUGAAGUUCUAUAGGAGCCAGUAGUUGAUUAAGCCAAUCGGAUCGUCAUGCACAGACGAAUUCACAGCUGCAGCCUGUGAAUGACACGCGUUGUCGGCCGUCAGUAUACUUAGGGGCUCCACACUCCUCUCUUCACUCACAUUCAUCGUUAGCACUUUCAUUGCCGAGCGGAACAAUCUGAACUCACGCCUUGCACACGCCCAGCUGAUUCUACUCGAAUUCAUUCUCGCGUAUUGGUAGUUGCAAAGACUUUUCUCAACAAGCAGUCAUGGCAUCCUUACAGACUUCUGUCAUCUCCGUUUCCAGUGUAUCGAGCCUGGCUACAAUCUCCACAGCUUCCAGCACCUCCUCCAGGGUAAGCGUGAAGGCAUGGACAAAGCCAACUGUGCGACGAGGAUUCAGCAUUCGUGCUGAGUACCAGUCACCAGAGAAGGGUGGAGCAAUGAGCCCAGCUCCCCCAUCGACACCACCAGGCGUUUCAGGCACUGAAGUGCCCCUCGGUGUGUACACCUCGACUACCCCUCUGGAGCAGAAAGGUGUGCCUAAGGGCAAACGUAUGGCCUACAUCUGCCAGGACUGUGGAUACAUCUAUGACCUCGACACUCCCUUCGAGGAACAAGACGAUGCAACUUACGCAUGCCCAGUCUGCACAGCACCGAAGACUUCAUUUAUUCCAGCGAACGCCACAUUGGAUGAUGAGCCAUACGACGUGACCAAGGGUGGCCCUGCCAACUCCGGUCCCGACUCGGAGAGGAAGUCUCAAAACAUGAAUUAAGUCUUGUGAAGACGACAGAUCGCAGCCCGAUGAACUGUGUUGUAAAUGUACCAGUACCGACUUAGUCCAACACUGCAGCUCGCGGACCUUGUUGCAUGGGACUACAUAGGCUGUAAAUUCAGCAGUAUUGUUGUCUAGAUUGUGAGUUUUAUCUUCCGAUAUGCUCUAAGGAGCUCCUCCGGAAUGUACAUCAGUUGUAUAUUAGUUCUUGGAGAUUGACUGAGAGUCUAUUAGGUGUUGAUUGAGAGGAAAAUUUUCUGGAUCGAUCGAUCUACCUGAUAAUCAAUUUGCCGAAAUUUCAGUAAAUAUGAGCUC